AUGGGUUAUUUGGGCACAAAAGUGGCUAAAGCAGCAGCGACAAAUGCGCCGCCUGACGUGGACAAUCCUCCGUUCUACAUUCCCGUUAGAUCCAUUGAAAACAGGUACGCCCUGAUGCAGGAGCUCGGAAACGGCAGCUUUGGCUCCGUAACGCUGGCGAAAAUGCUGGCAGGUGCCGAUUGCCAAGGCUGUAGCGAAAACGCGUCGUCGGUCUCGCAAACACAAGCCCAACACGAAAACUGCGUGUCGCGUCCGCAGUACCGUAAAACGCUCAUGGAAGACGCAGCGAUUGCCAACGUGGAUCAAGAAAACUUUCACAACAAGCAGCGUGGCGUGCUAGCCAUCAAAACCAUGAUGACGCGUCUGCCGACUUUGAAUGACUACACACGCGUUAGGGAGAUCAAGUUCAUACUGUCAAUGCCUGCGCAUAAAAACCUGGUGCAGAUCUUCGAGCUCUUUAUCGACGACAUCAACUACCAAUUACACAUUGUCAUGGAAUGCAUGGAACAGAAUUUGUACCAGCUCAUGAGAGCACGUCGCAAGCGCAUCUUUUCGUUACCAUCGCUAAAAUCCAUCCUGACUCAACUUUUGGCAGGAAUACGCCAUAUUCAUUCUCACAACUUCUUUCAUCGCGACUUGAAGCCGGAAAACAUUCUAAUCUCUCCCUCAAAUCACUACUUCAGCAAAAAAUGGAUACUUGAUGGCCAUUACACUGAUAACUACGUGGUUAAAAUUGCAGAUUAUGGUUUGGCGCGCCACGUCACCAACAAAAGUCCCUACACCGCAUAUGUGUCCACGCGCUGGUAUCGAUCACCAGAAAUAUUACUAAGAAAGGGUUCCUAUUCCAGGCCAUUGGAUAUAUGGGCAUUUGGAUGUGUUGUGGUUGAAGUCGCUACAUUCAGACCACUUUUCCCCGGUUCAGAUGAGAUGGAUCAAAUCUGGAAAAUUCUAGAAGUUCUCGGUACCCCACACACGAUGCCAGAAAAUAGCUUGAGCGGUUACCGGCCACACGGUGGAUCUUGGGAAAAAGCUCAAUUAUUAGCCUCAAGAUUAAAUUUGAAAUUUCCUUACGUUGAAGGAAUAAACAUCGAGAAUGUCAUUGAUAAUCCACACUUACAACCACUUUGUGAUGUUGUCAAGGCAUGCCUUACUUGGGAUCCCAAAAAAAGAGCCACCGUUACAGAGUUAUGCCAAAUGCAAUACUUUAAGAAGACUGAAGUGAGCAUAAAUACAGGGCUGGUCAACGAUGAAAACAUCAUUAGAAUACCUCAAGCGAACUCUCAACAACAAGAAUGGGAUUCGAAGCUCACGUUGAAAAAAAGCUUCGCCGAGCAUCAACCCACAGAAUCUUCGUCAUUAGGUCCUAAUGUUAUUGAUUUCAAUGGUGGUAACUUCCGUAAUUCCAAAGAAGCACAAAUAUCGUUCCAACAAUUUUUGGAAGAGUCUGCAACUUCUGACCAACUUACCGAUUCAACUGUGAGUAGCAGCAUUCCGGACGAGGAUAAAGUUGACCCCCAUGACAACUUACUGAGCAACAAUUUAAUCGCACUACCUUUAUCGGAUCAACUGACGCAGGAUUUACCGCUGUCGACUUCCGAUCUUAAUGUCCAAGACGAAAAUGAAGUUAAGCCUCAAGAGAUGAUGGAGAGCUUUGCGGGAUAUUAUUCGACCAAGUCCUCUGACUACGACGGACCUCAUGUGGAAGCUCCAUUAGGCAAUAUGGAUUCGAACUACAUCCACUAUGAGGACGUCACUGAUAUACAACACCACCGCCGCUGUAAUGUACUGGAUGAUAUGUCCGUAGACUCCAGCACUUCCAAUCAUAUCCCUCGCUCCUUCGCUGUCCCUAGAAUCUCUGAAGAAUGUGACACAUCCUUGCAAGAGCAUGACAGUCACAGCUUUUCCCACACACAUAGUCUCACUUUCUGA